UACUCGAUGGGUUCUAGUGAUUCUGAAGAAGAAAGUAUAUCAUCUGUUUCGAGUGAUUCGGAAGAAGAAGAAUGCGACACUAUACAAAUUAAGCGAGUUAAAGUAGAACCUGGCGAGGCAGAAGAAUGGGCUGAACGAGACCAGCCACAAACUUUGGUAGAAUUCGCAAAGGUUUCCGGUCCAACCAUCGAGCUGAGUUCUACUGCGACUUCCGGUAUUCGAAGAUGUCACCGUAAACGAUAUGAAAAAGUUUCUUGGAUUGUUGCUGCUGAUGGGGCAAAUAAAAAAAUCACACUGGAGAGAAUAUUGGACGACGGACGCCUUGAUUGAAACACCUAUCUUUCCACAAACCAUGACCAGAAACAGAUUUGAGCAAAUACUUCGGUUCUUUCAUAUCGCGGAUGAUACGCAAAGCAUGGAUGGUGCUAACAAGGAACUGUGGAUAGUAAAACCGCUAAUGGAUCAUUUCAUCCCGAAAUUUCAGUCAAUUUAUGCACCGAAACAACAAUUAUCGAUGAACGAAGCUAUCGUUCCCUCGACAGGAAAUCUUCGCUUCAGAAAACACAAUCCCGCCAAAACAACAAGGUAUGGAGUUUUGUUAAGAAUGCUUAGCGAGAGUGAGACUGGAUAUAUUCUUAACAUGGAAGUAUAUGCAGGCUCCGGAAAACCAUCGAUUGAAAGCAUCACAUCAGUUAUCCAGCCAUAUUUCGGUCGUUGGCACCAUGUUUAUCAGGAUAACUACUACAACAGCGUUGCCAUGGCAAACAUGCUAUAUGAAAAUCAGACUCUAGUUUGUGGGAUCAUUCGGGCAAAUCGUGGCAUACCAACGGUUAUAAAAGAUAAGUCGACAGCUCUUCAAAGGGGAGAAAUUGCCUAUGUAAGGAAUGGUCCCAUCAUGGUACUUGCGUGGAAAAAUAAGAGAUUGAUAAACAUGAUAUCAACUGUUCAUGAUGCGUCGAUGAAACCAACGAGAAAUAAAAAGAGAGUCUUCUCAAGCGCAGCUUCCAAACCAACGUGCGUGUUGGACCAUAGCAAAUAUUUGGCGGGAGACGAUCGUACCGGGCGGUACCUGGCCAACUGCCACGUUUUUAGAAAAACUGGUAAAUGGUACAAAAAAAUGACAUUCUUUCUGAUCAACUGUGCUUUAUUCAACGCCUUCGUACUUUGUCGUUCCCAUAGUGAAGGAAAAAGUAAAAUGCGCUACAGGCAGUUCCUACUAGAAGUAGCAAGAGCAUGGAUAGCUGCCGACGCCUUGCCGGCUCAAAAGGUGCCUAAAACUAAGCCACAAGAGACAAAAGAAAACCAUGCUCUAGAAAAAAUUGUGACACCAGGAAAGGAACGGCCAACCAGAAAAUGUAAAGUUUGUUAUGAAGAAGGGUUGCGCAAGGAGACACGAUACAUCUGUAAAGCGUGUAAUGUACCGUUGCAUGCAUAUAAAUGCUUCGAGAAUUUUCAUAUUGCUUUGAACAAAUCAUCAAAUAAAAGAAAUAAAUAAACCUUUUCUCCUAUUAGAAUAAGCAAUGAAUUUCAAGUUUAU